GGCCGCGGCGGAUGGUGCUGCGCAGCUAGUCGGUGCAUUGCGGCGGUGGCGGCCGGGGAGCGCUGUACCGCUCCGCGCCUGCGGCCAUUGCACACCGCGCCUCGCACCGGAGCGGCGGCGGGAGUCAGCGGCGCAACUCGCCAUGGCCAAGGAGGGAGCGCAGCGUGCGGAGGAGACGGAGCAGAUGAUCGAGAAGGAAGGCGGCAAGGAAGCGGGCGAAGGCAGCGCUGCCGGCAGCCUGCGGGCUGCGGACACGAAGGAGAUGAGAGCCGUAGUGCUGUCCGCCUUCGGGGGGCUCAACAAGCUCCGCGUGUCCAAAAAAGCCAUGCCGGAGCCGCAGGACGGGGAGCUGAAGAUCCGCGUCAAAGCCUGUGGUUUGAACUUUAUUGAUUUGAUGGUGAGACAGGGCAAUAUUGACAACCCUCCAAAGACGCCACUUAUUCCUGGGUUUGAAUGUUCUGGAAUUGUAGAAGCUCUUGGAGAUAGCGUGAAAGGAUUUGAGAUUGGAGACCGAGUCAUGGCUUUCAUAAACUACAGUGCAUGGGCUGAAGUAGUUUGUACCCCAGUCGAAUUUGUCUACAAGAUCCCAGAUGACAUGAGCUUUUCUGAAGCUGCUGCGUUUCCCAUGAACUUUGUAACUGCCUACAUGAUGCUCUUUGAAGUUGCUAACCUAAGAGAAGGCAUGUCUGUGCUGGUCCACUCUGCAGGGGGUGGAGUGGGUCAAGCUGUUGCUCAGCUAUGUUCAACUGUUCCCAAUGUCACUGUUUUCGGAACAGCUUCAUCUUUCAAACAUGAAGCAAUCAAAGACUCAGUAACUCACCUGUUUGACAGAAAUGCGGAUUAUGUUCAAGAAGUAAAAAGAAUCUCGGCUGAUGGAGUAGAUAUUGUUUUGGACUGUCUUUGUGGAGAAAACACUGGGAAAGGCCUCAGUCUUCUCAAACCGCUUGGGACUUACAUUUUAUAUGGUUCAUCUAACAUGGUUACUGGGGAGACCAAAAGCUUCUUCAGUUUUGCAAAAUCAUGGUGGCAGGUUGAGAAAGUAAAUCCUAUCAAGCUGUAUGAGGAGAACAAAGUCAUUGCUGGAUUUUCCCUGUUGAAUCUGCUUUUCAAACAGAAUCGAAGUGGUCUCAUCAAGGGUGUGAUGGACAAACUCCUAGAUCUGUAUAACAGGAAGAAGAUCAAGCCUGUGGUUGAUUCAUUAUGGGCUUUGGAAGAGGUGAAGGAAGCCAUGCAGAGAAUCCAUGACCGAGGAAACAUAGGGAAACUAAUUCUGGAUGUGGAGAAAACACCCACUCCUCUGAUGGCCAAUGACAGCACAGAGACAAGUGAGGCUGGAGAAGAAGAAGAAGACCAUGAAGGGGAUAAUGAGAACAAAGAGCGCAUGCCAUUCAUCCAGUAACAGCCAGAGGUGGUGGAAGCAGACAGAUUGGGGAAGUAGAAGGGAACAAGUCUGGGAAAUUAUUCUGUGCAUCAGUGAACAAAUGCUGUAGUACAGUAUGUGUUGUAUUUGUCUGCAGUCAGCUGAGCUAUGAGCUGUUGAUCAUUGUUGUUUUGAACUCAAGUGCCAUUCUCAUCCAGUGCAGUAUUAUGACAUUCCUGUGUGAUACCAAUUUCCCUGUAGGAGUCCCAUGGAUUUUUCUGUUCUGGUUUAAAAGUCUUAUUAACUUACUGUGUAAUUUUAGAUGGGCAUCCUUCUCAUGCAAAUUCCAAUGUUUUGUGUACGGUUAUUUGGGAAGUUUUGGCUUUUUUUCCGCAAGUUGGAAAAAAGAAAUUACCCACUUGCUGUCUGGGAGAUUAUAGUAACUGGAGGGAGGAUUUUAUGUUUGAGGAUUUUCAGUGUUAAAAUAGUUUUCCUUUUAUGAACCACAGAUGAAAGUUGCAAAGAAGAGGUUUCAUUUUCCUCAGUCAUGCUUUAUCAUGUCUUAAGCAAUCCUAUCUUCAUUUUCAAAAAUAUCUCAUUUAGAAUUGUGGAAUCUGAAAUUGGGCAAGAAACCAUUAAUUGAGAGACUUUAAUUCAUAUUGUAUAAUCACGUUAGUCAUCAGCACUAGUAAUUAAAUACUUCAUUCUGAGUGCCAACUUGUCAUGCUUUCCUGUUGAUCUGAGCCAUCACCCCGUAUGUUACAGGCAAAGAAAAAGGACAGUGAGCCACUAUUUUUAGACCCAGAACGUUAAUUGCUUGUAGCGGUUGGUAUUGUUAUUGACAGAUCAACAUCUUUUGCCAAGGGCACGCUGACUCUUCUGUGCCCAAAAUACAAACCAAUUUUAAAUCUCAUUUUUAAAUCAUACUGGUAAGGAUUACUCAUCAGUAUGGGGAAAGAACUGCUCUGAAAUUGCUAAUGUGUUGAUUAACUAUCAAGCUGGAGCUGAGCUCCUACAGAAUUAGGAGCUGUUAAAAAUGAGUUUUAGGCCUUAAUCCCAUCAGAAAUUAUGCACAGGGAUAACCUUAUCUAGAUAAGUAAUUCCAUCAGAAGCUCUGCUCCAUAUGUAAGUUAUGUUUGUAAUUAUUUGCAGGAUCAAGUAUUCAAAGACCAGCUAGUCUUAUCUACCUCCCACUAGUGGAAACUAUAUAUCAUGACAAAAGUAAAUCUUUUUUCCAUGUCUUUCACCUAUCAAAGCAGCAGCUACUUAGGUCCUCAAUUGUUUUGUUAAAACAAUUCUAAAAUGACUGCAGUCACCUACAAUAGAAACAGGAAUGUCAGAGAUCUUAUUUAAUGCCAUGUAUCUUUCUUUGAAUUAUUUGUUUUCUUCUUCUUCUUUCAAAAGAAAGUAUUUUCCCAGGCACGGUUAGUUAUUCACCUAAAUCUAGAAGUGUCCUGUAGUGAUAGAAGUUAAAAACUAAUACAGAAAAGUGGAGCAGGAGGGCUCCUGAGGCUUUUCUUAAAGUGAAAAGACUUGUGGGUCUGGAUGACUUUUAGGUGUGAUUUAAGAAGGGUCUUGUUUUUUCUGUUUGUUUCAUCUUCUUGAGUAUUAAUGUCCAUCUCCUUACACUGUACUCAUAAAGUUGCUGUUCUAAUACCAGAUAAUUGUGCAGAAUGUUUGUCCAGAAGGAUUUUCCCUUGGGUUAAACUCAGAAAUAUUGAGAAGAAAUAACUGUGGAGAAAAAUGACAAAAGAGCUUUUGAAAUAUUAACUGAACCAGAACUUUAGUUUUCUCUAGAUGUUGAUACAGAACUUCACUAUAAUUGAUUUCUUUUCAACUUGAACUUGCUUGCACUUCCAGUGCCAUAUCAGGCCCAAACAGGACUUUUAUUCACAGAAAAAAAUGCAUAUUCGGUGAGAGUUUCCAUGUGUUGGGCUUGACAGUUGGGCUUUUAAGAAAGACCAUUAAGUUUUCACGACUCAUAAGCUAACAAUGGUAGGAAACAUGGCCAGUUUUGUUUUGCAGCUAGUGUAAUUAUGUCCUGCAACAAACCUUAACAUAACUAGAAAUUUUGAUUUGACGCCAAAGUGAGCAAUAUUGCUGGUGACCUUAGAGCUGGCAGUAAAGUGGCAUUCUCAAGGCCUUAAAUUAGUAGGGCAAGCAGAAUAGCAAAUCCAUUCUUCUGUUGUAAACUGUGUUAUAGUUGGCUCUACACUUACAUUACCCUUUGAGAGAAAUAAAGAUGGGUGAUCUUGGACAUGGCCACAGACAUCAUAGAGACAACAAUCAGGUGAAAUCAUUUUUGCUAGUUCUUUCUGGUUUUGUUAGCAAGGCAAGAAUACUCUUCAUGCUGUUCCAUACCAAUGAUAGGGCCAUUUUCUGAUCAGUAGAAUGUCAGGUAAUUGCAGUGAGUACAAAGGAAUACUUCUGGAUCUACCCAAGUGCAACACAGAUAAGCACUACCAUCAUCAACCUAAACUCUACUCUGUCUUUUACUGGUAUAAACAUGGCAUAUGUGAAGGUUACUACUGAAAUGAAUGGAAAUUUUCCAGGUGUCUGUUCUAGAAGCAGGAUUUGUGCUAGCAGAAUUUGGCCCACAAGUCCUAAGUACCUUUUAGAAUACCACAAACAGUAGUAUCGCAUCUGAAGUGAUAGAGGGCACACUAUCCAAAAUGAUGAUGCUGAGACUUGUUACUGAGACAGCAAAUGAAGGUUUGUGCUUACUACUGACAGUGUUUUUCAACAACUUGUAAGACAAUUGGAUCAUUUCUUCAAGUGAAACAAAUUAUUUACAAUUUGCCUUAAAGGAACUGUGAAAGCUUUUCUUUAACUUAAGCCUGAUUGAAGUGAACUGAAACACUGUUUAAUUGUAUUUGUUGCUUUAGAGCUUCUGUUAUAUUGUGCCUACAAAGCAAAUUAUGUUUACAUAAAAAUAUAAAUAAAAUAUGGAGCAUAGCAUUA